AUGUCGGGGUAUGGUUUCAAAAAAAAGGGGAGAGCAUUCUGUAUUUCAGUCCAGGGCGGGGAUGAAGAUACUUUAUGGGAAAAUGGGGGAGGUCAUUCUUUAUAA